AUGUCAGUUGAGAACGUCAUGAAAAUUAUCAAGGAUAACGACGCCAAGUUCGUCAGUAUGCGCUUUACCGAUACAAGAGGUAUGGUGCAGCACCUGGGAUGGCCGGUGUCCAAUUUUUCCGAAGAAUUGUUUGAAGAAGACAUUAUGUUUGACGGUUCUUCUAUUGCCGGAUGGCAGCCGAUCAAUGAGUCAGACAUGGCAAUGAGACUGGACCCGCAUUCCGCCGUUAUCGAUCCCUUUGCACAGGAAACCACUGUCAUUAUCCGUUGCAGCAUUUACAAUCCAAUCAAAGGCGAUGGCAUCGCGGAUACCGCGUAUUUUGGACCUGAACCAGAGUUCUUUGUUUUUGAUGGGGUACGCUGGGCCAGCGGAAUGGACAGUGUAUUCUAUGAAAUCAAUUCUUAUGAAGGUGCCUGGAAUAGUGCACAGGAUUUUGAUGAAGGACCGAAUCUUGGGCACAGACCCGGCGUAAAAGGCGGAUAUUUUCCAGUGCCGCCGAUUGAUUCAAUGAGCGACCUGCGAGCCGCCAUGUGUCAGGCCAUGAUGGACAUGGGUGUCACCGUGGAAAAGCAUCACCAUGAAGUCGGUACCGCUGGACAGGCCGAAAUCGGCAUCAAGUACAACACCUUGGUCAGAAUGGCGGAUCAAACGCAGAGUUACAAAUACUGCGUGAAGAAUGUCGCCGCGGCUCAUGGAAUGACAGCUACUUUCAUGCCCAAGCCGCUGGUUGGAGACAACGGAUCAGGCAUGCAUACCCAUCAGUCUCUGUUCAAGGAUGGAAAAUCGUUAUUUGUCGGCGACAUGCACUGCGGGCUAAGUCAGGAAGCACUUUACUACAUUGGCGGCAUAUUCAAGCAUGCCAGAGCACUGAAUGCUUUCACCAAUCCGUCCACCAACAGUUACAAGCGGUUGGUCCCAGGAUUCGAGGCGCCAGUUCUGCUGCAAUAUUCGUCCUUCAACCGAUCGGCAUCCUGCCGAAUUCCGUUUUCACCGGAAGCUGGAAGACGCGUAGAAGUUAGAUUCCCAGAUCCUUUGGCCAAUCCUUAUCUGGCAUAUUCAGCAAUGCUGUUGGCCGGACUUGAUGGCAUCAAGAACAAAUUUGAUCCGGGCCUGCCGACCGAGCUUGACUUAUAUGAACUAUCCAGUGCGGAUGAAAAAGCAAUUCCGCAUGUCGCCGCUUCACUGGCUGAAGCGCUGGCAGCUUUGGAUAGUGAUCGAGACUUUCUCAAAGCCGGAAACGUCUUCACCGACAAUACUAUUGAUUCGUAUAUUGAUCUAUUGACGGAAGACGUCAAAGCCAUGCAGCUGGUGACGCAUCCGUUAGAGUUUGAAAUGUACUAUAGCGGUUAA